CAUUCCCCUGACGGUUGGGCCAGCGCAGAAGGUUCUAGAAGGUCAGUGCUGCCCGCGAUGCUGCUGCUCUGCGCCCUGCUCCUGGCCGGGCUGCCGCUGGGGACGUGCAAGUUCACCUACAACCUGAAAUGCUACGACUGUUCGAUCAUCAACACCUUCCAGUGCCAGGCGAUUAAGACCUGCGAGUAUGAGAUCAGGCGCUGCAUGACCGUCUCCAUCCGCCUGAACGAACGGGAAAUGCUCGUGUACAAGAACUGCACCAACAACUGCACGUUCGUCUACCCGUCCCAGAUGCCGCCCCCGGCCCCCAAGGUCCUGAGGACCAACAGCUUCUACUGGGUGUACUGCUGCGGGAACAUGGUCUGCAACGUGGGGGGGCCCACCAACCUGGAGCGGGACAUCCUUCCCGACCAAACCAUCGAGGAGGAGCUCGAAGGGGCCGAGCGGCUGGGGGGCGGGGGGCUCUGGAGGGCCCUCCUGAGCUUCGCCUCCAUCCUGGUCAGCGGCGCCCUGACCUGAGGAGUCCUUGCCUCGGCGACGGGGUCCCGCCUCCCCUUCCCCCCUUUCCUCCGAGCAAGUCCACUCCCCUUUGCUGUCUUGUGAGCCAGAGACCCUGCCCCUCAGCCCCGCUGGCCACUUACCCAUUCACGUGGGACACA